UUGGCUCAAAGCACAAGAGUUGAAGGUUGAAACUACUGUCGAAGCUGUCAAGAGUCUCGGAUAUGUGAGAAACAUGAGCGGUACAGUUUGUCAAAUUAGACUAAGUGAUGAUCCAGAUACUCCGUACUUCCUGCGAAUGGACUGGGCCAUAGACCUGGGUGCUGGUUUCACAUUAGCUCUUACAAAUGGCAGCUCAGCAUGGAUUGGAGAAGUUUCAGAGGAUGAUAUGACAAGGGAAGCCAAUGACAUAGGAGUCCCAAGAGAGAGAUAUGUUGAGGAUCUUCUUCAAGCCCUAACAAAAAGUGGAGGAGGAAGAAGCGAAGACAAGGAGAUGUAUACCUUUGGCCUCUCUCCUGAUCGCCGUUAUCUCUUGUAUGAGAAGACUUGUAAUGAUAUUUCGGUGUACUUGGGCUCUGUGGAGCUCCAGCCAUCUCCAGACCCUCUGGAGCUGACCUGUGAGAUGAUUGGACAGUCCCUAAAGCGCAGCACAGAUCUGGAGACAGAAAACUCGCGAUUGUUGGAGCAAAACUGUAAAUUGAAGCAGGAUCACCAGCGAAUACUCGGACAGCUCAAGCAUCAGGUUCAGAAAAAGGAAGCGUUAGAGAGGGAAAUGUACUCACGUUUUGUCAUGGUGCUGAACGAGAAGAAGGCCAAGAUCAGAGGUCUGCAGGAGGCUGUCAAAAGGCUUCGAAACUCGGACGACCAUCCGAGCGACGAGGAGGGUGUACAAAGUGACAAUCUCACAACUCAAGGUGAAGGCAGUCCGGACAGAGGAGAGGAGACCAGUCAGAGCAUCCAACCCUCUCUGGAGCCAACUAUCCUCAUUACAGGACGUAAUCUGGUCUGGGAAGGGAUCCCCGUUGACCGGACUUUUUCUGAUGAUGAUGAAGAUGAGCAACCAAAAUGGAAGCGUAGGUUGCUUCACACCUCGAGCCCACGAUCUUCUGAACAACUUUAAAUUGUAGGUUUGUCAGAGAAAUAAUGCAGUUAAUGGAGCAGCAUAUUUUAUACCAUAGUUGCUUAAAGUUAAUUUUGUGUGGAACCGCUCUUUACAUAUAGUUGUAGUAAAAGGGAAAAAAAAAGUGUAAUUGUAAGAAUUUGGAUCUUAAAUUUUAAGAAAAUGUGCAGUUAUAUGUUGCAGAUUUUCAAGUAGUACCAUGUAAAGAUGGUGCCAACAUGACACACAAUGUCUCCGGUCCUGUGUUGGUUAAUAAAAAAGUUGUUCCAUGUGACCCCAAAUCAAAGUUUAACAUAGAUGCAUGGAAAUCAUUUCAGGAUUAAAGUUUUAUUGCACUUUGAAACCUCUUAGCCUCAAGUUUUAUUCAGCAGUUUUUUCCCCCCAUUUGUAGGUUCUGUAAAACCACUACAGUGACAGAUGUGGGUCGAUCUACUGAUUUUUUUUUAUUCCCCGUUAUUUCCAUUUCACCCAAUUAAGGAGGAUUAAAUCAUCGUCUUGUCGUCAUCAUCUGUUUAAAAAAAAAAAAAACACUUAUGUGUAAUUCCCAGCAUCUAACUGUCUGUCUACUGAGGCCUGAACAUUUUUUAGAUGAAAUAUGUAUUCUUAUAUUGCUGGUUAUAUUAAUCCACAGAGGUAUAAAGGAGUCCAGCCACUGACAGCAGCGGUCUUAGAAGUGGCCCUGGGCCACACAUGCUAUAGAGUAGCUGCUGUCUCCACCUAAUAAAUAGGAUUAAUUAAGAGGCAUCAUUUUAUUUGCACUCAUCAGUUGUGGAAAAUGAUUUUUAAUGGUUUUUAACAUUGUCUCUAAACAUUUGAAAAAGUGAAAUCUAGCAUAUCUUUUGUGGUUUCUCUGGCUGAUGUGCUGCAGUAGAAAGAGCUGAGGUUGUUGGACUGCUGCCUAUAAAGAGGCUCAGAUUUAUAUUACAUCCUGUAUGCUACUAAUGUAAAACAGCAGUGAGAAAAGCAACCUUCUCCAGACUUUGUCCACAGUGAGAAGAGGUGCAGAUAAGUGAAAUAAAAUGUCACCUGAUUACUGUUGGUGUUUUGGAUUGCGUUGUCACAAUAACAUCAACUUCUCUGUGUUUUUAUAAAUCAUAAAAUAUAGUUAAUUUAAUAUAUGAUGCCUCUGUGGUAGCAGCACUUCUUUAACUCUACAAACAUUAAUAGUAUCUGACAACUGCUUAUAUUUGUGUGUUGGCUAGCAUUUGAGCUUCAUGCUUCACUCCUCCUCCUCUCACUUGUUGGGUUGAAUAUAAAGUUAAUGUAUUUCAUUCUGCGUCAUCACACUAUAUCGAACUGUAUUUCUCUAGUACAGCUAAAUAUUACACGGAAAGCUAUAAAAUAUAAAUGUGAUGCAUGUUUUACUGGUUCAAACAAUAUUUGCUUCUUUUUCUCCAUC